AUGUCCUGUAUCCUCUACUUCCGUAUUGCACUCGCUUCUCCAUCGCAAAACGGCCGUACCGGUGCAUUAACAAGCCAUCGCAGCUCGGCGUCGCACUGCGUCUCCGAUGGCUGGAUGCACCUGUCAAACAUGUGCGAUGCCACGAUUCUCAAGAUCGAGUGCCAUGCAACCGCAACGAGAUUCAAGGACGUGCGAGAAGCAGCGGCGAUGGAGGCCUGCGAGAGAUGGGCGGCGGUCACAGUAUCUGACGACCUCGGCCAGCGAAUACCUCCCAAGGACAAUCCAACAAAGACGAACAUGGGGGAUACAACCCCAGUGCGCGUGUGCUCAUGCAACAAGGGCGAGCACAGCGAAGUCAGCGCAGCAGCAGGAUCAGUGUGGCAUAGCAUAGCAGACUACAACGCGUGGGCUGAGAGCUUCGCCCAAGGCGGGCAGUACGCAAACGCCGGUGCUACUGGCUACGCGCAGGCCGGCAGCAUGCCCCAUCUCGAGUAUGGGCAGCAGCAGCAGUCGAUGCAGGGGACACGGCCAGUACGGAUAUCAGCACACGGCUUUCACUCGCAGCCAUCGCAGGCGCAGCCACAAGCUCCCGCGCAACCAGGCAUGCAGACGAGAUCAUCCGUGCAGUCGGUCCCAACCGCGAACGCGAUCCCCCAGCAGCGCUUCCAGCUCGCAGAGUAUCGCCAUCCGGACCAGCUCGUUGCGCCCGCGCCCGUGCCGUCGUCGUACACCGCGACGGGCAGCACGCCGACGAGCGACAUCAACAGCUUCUCGUCCUCACCCGUUUCGUGGGGUGCAGACCGGAGCCAAGGCGAGCCCAGUGCGACGCAGACGCAGAGCACAACACGGAAGCAGGGGAGUGCGACGAAGCCUGAAGACGCGUGA